GAGGCAGUGGAUAUGAAGGUAGCGGCAUUCAUUCCCUCUUUUCCGUAAUGCAAUUGAUUCAACUAGUUAAUUUGCUUUUUUCUAUUAUCCGUACUACCAAAGUCCAGAUUAUCAUAGGCAGUCCAAUGACAAUUAAUUUUUCGUUGUUACAAGUAGAAAGUUGAAAAUACUACAAAAAUGUCUGCUAAAGAUAAAGACAGUAAACCGCUGCGGCGCCUUAAGCAAUUUUUUGGGAUUCACAAUAAAGGCGGGAUAGCAACACUAAGGGGCCGCCAAGAUUUUGUUCUGGCCCCUGAAAUUGAAGCUCAGCUUCGCAAGGAGAAUCCAAUUAAUCAGAGAAAUAGGGUUUUAAGGGAUCUCUGCGAAGAUGUCAAAGAAAAUAGCGUUGACUAUGGUGACAUGGAAAAGUUAAGGUUACUAAUUGAAGACCUUUUUUGCCCUGAAAUUCCAAAAGACUAUCGCAAUCAGGCAUAUUCUUUCUACCGAUGCCUCAUUGCUGGUCAAUAUGACCGACUUCACAAAAUGCGCGUUCACAUUUUUGAUAUCAUUAAGGAUAAUGACAUCCAGGAAGACGUUGCUCUCAGGUUUGAUUUGCUGAAUGCACUUACGGAUAAUGGAAAAGUGAUUGAACAUCUGGAAGAGAAAAUGGGUCAUUUCUUACUAUCAUGGAUGCCAGCUGUAGUUACUGCUAGCAAAACAGAAGAAUUCUUAACACUUCUUGUGAAUGUGGUUAAAUACAAUGCAGCUUACAUGGAUGAUGAUGUCAUCAUGCAAUUAGUCCAGAAUGUGUGCUACUUGUGUUGUUGGGUAAAAGAUAAAAAUGUUGUAAUGGGAUGCCUUCAAGUGCUUGAUACAGUGGUACGAUAUUCCAAUCUUCCCUCAGAGUCAUUGCAAGACUUUGUCAGUGCUCUUUGUCGAACAGUCAACAUUGAAGCAUAUUGCCAAGAAAGCUGGAAGAUAAUGCGGAAUCUUCUUGGAACACACAUGGGUCAUGCAGCUCUCUAUACAAUGUGCCGUAUUCUCCAAAAGAAAGAUUACCAACAAGACACUGGCCUUAUGCGUGGAGCUGUAUUUUACAUAAACAUGGGACUUUGGGGGAGUAAGCGAGUCCCAUCAUUGGUAUGCACUGAGACUUCCGUGCUACCUUCGCUUCUCCAGGCAGCCUCAGCUGGUCAGGCUGUUGUAGUCUAUGAAGUAAUGCUGAGUUGUCAGCGAUUAGUAAAUAAAUAUGGGGUUGAACUCCAAGAUCCUGCUUGGGAUUUGCUUCUGUCUAUACUGGAGGCAGUUGUGAAACAUAUAGAAGUUUCACCUCAUCCAACAGCUCAACAGUCUACAGCUCUAGUAGGAAAGCACUUGCAUGAAACUCUUUGCCACAUAGAAAAGUUGUAUGAACUUGGUCAAUUUCAAGGAUCUGCAAGAAGAGUCUUCGAACUUAUUGAAAGGUGCUCACCUCAUAGGCCGGAAGCAUCUGUGAUGCGCCUUGUGACGUAUCUUGCCAGUUCUGUGGAGCCAACACGUCACCAGUGGCUUGCAAAACUGCAUGCUCUCUUAGAGAAAUUUUUCCGUCUAGAAACAAGAACAAAAAUUAGAGUAAAAGUAUUAGGAGUUCUAGAAAAAGUUAUACAAACAAACAGAGCUGCAUAUGAAGAUGAGUUGAUAGAACAAGCAGUGGUACCUUUCCUAGACCAUAUUGACCAAGAUCAGGAUGUUGCUGUGAGAAAUGCUGCUGCUGGUCUCCUAAUUGAACUGUGUUUGAGUUGUGACUCUAAGAGAUGUCUUGAACUAUUGGAUAUACUUGAAAAACUCUUAAACAGGCCUUUUGAAGUGCCAAAUAUUGUUGAUUCCGAAUUGAUUGAUACUUGCACUGUUGCAAAGGGAGUUGUGCACAUUUUUGUGGCAAAAAUGUAUCAGCUGCCAUCAGCCCAUGCAAUUCGUGCUUAUAAAAUAUUAGUGAAUCACCUAGAAAUGCAUUAUCGAAAUCAGUCUGUACUAGAUAAUCACCGCUCAAUCCGUCAGCCGAUAUUUGAAUGCUUUUUAUGCAUCAGAGCAAAUUAUUCUUACCAGCUUGGUUAUCCAGGAGGCAUGAAAGCUGAGCUUGGUAAACCCUUAGUUUUCAGUCCUUAUCUUGGGGUGGAUCAUAAGCAUGGGGAGAGAACAGGAGGUGCAUCAUCUCCUCCACCUGUGAGCCCUGCUCCAUCUGCACAUGUACCUUGUGUCUUUACUGCACUCUCUCUGACUCAUGCUUGCAAGGCAGUUAUUUCUGGGUUGAGGCAUGAAAGAGAUUGGAAGGUCCUUGAAUUAAUCUUAUCUCAGGUCCCAGAGGUGAUGAAAAAUAAAGCUCUUAUUUUAUCACGACAUGCUAAUGAUAUUGAUCAAAUGGCUGCAUCACUAUGCAGCAUAGUGAGUUUUAUGCUAAAUGACAGAAGUUUACCAGAUACACUGCGUAAUACGCCUUCACCUAAGGAAAGCAGAUUCUCUCGAUCUGAUUUCCACAGCUACCUCUUUCCUGUGUUAGCAUCUUUAGCAUCUUAUCAUAACAACCUUGAUCCUCCUCAUCAGAGAAGAUUAAUCUGCUCCCUUGAGCUAGGCCUGCAGUCCAAAUGUGCUGCAAAAGUGAUCUCAGCACUGACAACAUGUACAUUGGAGAUGAAAGAUGCUAUGUACAAAUUGCUACCAGAAGUUUUAUUAAAUCUCUCUAAAAUAUCAGACACAGUCAAUAUUGCAUUGCCUAUCCUUUCAUUUUUAUCAACCUUGACUAGACUGCCCAAGGUGUUUGCAAGUUUUGUUGGAGACCAGUACAUGUCAGUGCUUGCUAUCUCCUUGCCAUACAGCAAUCCUUUUAAGUACAAUCAUUUCAUAGUUUCUCUAGCUCACCAUGUUAUAGCUGUAUGGUUUCUCAAAUGCCGUUUGCCAUUUCGGAAAGACUUUGUUCAGUUUAUUACCAAGGGGUUGAAAGCAAACGUUUCACAAAUGUCAUUAGAGGAUGGACAAGUUUUAAGGCAAGACCCUUUGAAAGUAGAUCUCUUGAAUGAAGACUCAUCAAGCAGGAAACGCAGCUCUUCUUUAACUGAACAGGGCAGCCGAAGGCGCACGAUAGGGUCAAGACUAGAUGCUCGAAUUGUUGAUCUCAAACCUCCGGAUGAGGCAUUGACUCUUUUCCACAUGGAGCUGACAGAGACUUGUAUUGACUUAAUGGCCCGAUAUACUUUCUCUACAUGUGCUGCUAUGCCCAAAAGAUUGCCAGCAGUUCGUAGCUUGCUUAGUGGUGGCCAGUCCAUGACGUGGCUACUUGGGAACAGGUUGAUUACUGUCACUACCAGUGGAUGUACCCAAAAGGUCAAACGUGAUGGACUCUGUGACAAGUGCUUGUUGUCUUGUCGAUUAGAGCAGGCAGACGCUACCACAGAAAGCUCCACUUGCGACCUUUCUGGGAGCAAUCUACCCCAAGAACGAAUAUCAAGAACUGAGCAACAAAACAAAGCAACUCUUCAACGGAGUAAUAGUGUUGAUGUUUCUGCAACUGUUAGUCGGGAUGACAAGUCAAGUGGAAGUGCAGCGGCAUCUUCCACAUCUGGCGGUUCAUCCCGCAACCUACCGCUGCUUGUUCAAGUUCCUCAAGGUACUAACAGCUUGGCGCCAAGUGUCAGCUCGCCAACAGAAGAACACAGGAGACUAUCAGGUUCCCUAGAGAUGAUGGAUUCAGAGUCGAGUAAACUAGAUCAAUUAAUUCAAGGUGUGGACCGUAAUGAUCUGCAAGACAAAUCACUGUGUUGUUGUUGGUGCAAUGGUUGGGCAGAGAUUUAUGUCCGCAGACCCACUGGCGACAUGUCAUGGGUCAUGAGGAUACAAAAUCAAAAUUCUGUAUUGGAUUUAUCUGAUGUUCCAACAUUAUUCCUUCCAUCAUUGAUGAAAAAGGAACAGUCUGUUCCCACUGUUCUAAGCUUAAGUGAAAGAAACAGUAUAGAUGAUGCUACUUUGCCCAUUUCAGAGGAGAAUGCUGUCAGUUCUUUGGUUUCUUUGCAGCCAGCUCCUCCGAGUGCUCAAUCAGAGCCUGUUAAUAUACCAGCAUCUCCUAUACGCAGAAGUCCCUCUAGACAAAGCUCGCGCGAUAGCCUAGACGAGGAGGAGGAAGAAGAAUGUGACCCAGAUGCUGAGCUAGAUGAUGGUAGCGGAAGAGCUCGAAAUCCUGUUCGGAGAUCCAAUUCAAGCCCUGAAAUGAGUGCUGGGUGGAGGAAUCCAUUUUUGUCCUCUGCAGCAGCAGAUAGAGAAAAGAUGGACAAGAUGACCAAACCCUCUUAUUCAAAGGAUUUGAGGGCUAAUUGUGAGGCCAUCCCAGAAGAAAUUGCUGGCCUUGGUACCACUCCUCCAUCAUCAUCACCUGGAUCUGAAACACUGCAGAAAGCGUUGCGCCAGAAUACUUCAGCAAUUAUUUCAUCAAAUGUUGCUGAGAGCCAAGCCACCACAGUGACUUCUGCUGCUUCUAGUAAUUUAAGUAUAGGAAGUACCUCUACUACUUCUCCUUUAGUGACAUCUUCCUUGAAGGUGGGUUACCCACUCCAAGCAUCCAGCACAACUAAUGUCUACCCAACAUCUCCUCUACUUCUCCCCUCAACACUAACUACUAAGCCACCACUUUCUCCAACACAAACUCGGCACAUGAAUGAACUGGAACAAAAAGCGAAAGUCAGUGGCACAGCAAGCCCUAAUGUCAUGGGAAAGGAUCGUGUGCUAGCCAGUGGCAGGCUUUCAAGUGGGAGUGCAAGCAGUAGUGUUGGAGGAAGCACUUCAAGCCUUGAUAGCAAAGCAAACACAGAACAACUACACCUGCAACUUGAUAGACGGGUCCAGCAAACAUCAGCUCCUGCAUCGCCAACAACAUCUCAUGCUCACAACUUGUCUGCAAGUGCUGAGAGGAUAAACCGUGAUGAUGGAAGCCUUCGACAGGAUCCAGCCGCACUCCCACCUCUUGCUUUCAAAAGAGACAGAGGACACACUAUAUCAGUUAUGAGCCCAGUUCGAAAGCCUAGAUUAGACUUAGAUGCAAAACGGAAUAAAUCUAUCUCUUCAUCCCCUAGAAGCAAAGAGACACAGCAGCGGUCCAGUGUAAACCCAAAUUUGAUAUUUCUUCAACUGUAUCACUCUUCUUAUUUUGGAAGUAGCACUGAAAAACCACUUUUGGCUAAUAGUGAUGGGCUUAAACUUGCUAUCAAAAAUUUUGACCGCAUGCCGCCUUAUGAAACUCACAAAGUGGGUGUGUUGUAUGUUGGUUUGGGCCAAGCCAACAAUGAACAGGAGAUUUUACGCAAUACAACAGGAUCUCUCAGAUACACAGAAUUUUUACAGAGAUUGGGAUCCUUAAUUAGUCUAGAGGAUCCAGAUCCACAUCUGUUCUUGGGUGGACUGGAGAAAAAUAAAGAUGGAAAGUUUGCAUACUUUUGGCAAGAUGAUGUCACUCAGGUAACCUUCCAUGUUGCAACAUUAAUGCCAACUAGAGAUAGUGAUCCCUCAUGUACUGACAAAAAAAGACACAUAGGUAAUAACUAUGUCACUAUUGUCUUUAAUGAAAGUGGUGAAGAUUUUCAUAUUCAAACCAUCAAGGGUCAGUUUAGUUAUGCCUGUGUGGAAAUUCAACCUUUAGACCAUGGCUCUAACCAAGUUACCUUGCGCACUCGUGAUAUGCUGAAAGAUUUGGGGUUGACAAGUGAACCUAGAGUUGUCUCGGAUUUGAAUUUAGGAAUUCUUGCAAGGCAACUUGCUCUCCAUGCAAAUCUGGCGUCCAAAAGCUGGAGUGGCAAGGAAAGGGGAAAUAUAUAUGCAUCAAAUUGGCUUGAGCGACUAAGAACCAUUAAAAGAAUGCGUGCCAAAAUCAUACAAGAAUCUAAAUCUGAAGAUAAUAGCGGCCCUGUAAGCACAAGCAGUGGUCACAAACCUCCGAUAGAUGUAAACAGUCGCAUUAAUCGUAAUCUACCAGAUGAUUUCACUGAAUAUACUUAAUAUUUACCCAAUAACAAUGCAUUAUUAUACAUGUUUUGCAUCACAAGUCUGUGAAAAAAAAACUUUUUUUAAAAAGAAAAUGAUUUUUUUUUUUUAAAGUUUAAUAGGUCUGUCAUUGAUAUAAUCUGUAAAGACAAAUGUGUCUCAAUCAGUUCCAAAUGAUAUUUUAUGUGCUAUUUUUGUUGUUUCCCCCUCUAGUCAAAAGUAUAUAUCCUAUCAGUAGGGUUAAAUUAUUUUGUGUAUUGAAGACUAAUAGUAAUGUGCAUUUAAAGCAUGUUACCUAUUUACUUGCACACUUCACUAACAAUUUUUAUGAAAUUUUCCAAAUUUUGUUUGAUUUUAAGAAGUCAAUGUAAUCUCCUAUUUAGUUGUGCCAACUUUGUAUCAAAAGUUCGUUGCGUAAAGUGGGCUAUUCUGAGUUCAUUUGGCUGAAUAGCCUGCUGCAAGCCAAGGCAAUGUUAUCAUGUUAGAUCUUUGUGGGUGACAUCAUCUUUCUUGACCUUGAAUUAUGUAUAUGUCUAAUCAUUUUGAUUGUUUCGGUCACAGGAUAGUUGUAAAAUGUUGUCUAGCCCCCUAUUAUGGCUACUGUUUAUACCAUUUGUGUUGUAGUUUCUCCUGUGAUUUCAAAUUCCCUAUCAGUCCUUCUUUUCUCAAUCAAUUGUUUUACACGGGUAAUGGACUUAUCAACAGCUCUACUGAAUAAUUGGUGCAUUUUAAUGUAUUUUCUAUGUGAUUUUGUUAUGCCAUAACAUAUUCUUUAAAAAUAAACAAAAAUGAUAUUUUA